UAAAAGCUUAAUACACCUUAAAUUCUGUCCCCUAAACGAGGAGUUCCAUAUACAGCACCAUGUAUCUCAGUAUUUGCUCUGGGCAAUUAUCACAUCAGCUGUGAUAAGAUUUCCCGCCACCUUGCUCUUCCACUCUUUCGCUGAGUAUCUCUGCAUCUUGGAUUGCGUAUCAUUGUCAUUGUCAAAUCAAGUAAACAUGCAAAGCAAGGCAAAUAUAGGUAUAUUUUGGACCGAGUUGGAUAAGAUACGGAUCUCGGCCAAAAACUUGGCCCAGUUGAGAACCCAGUUCUGGGGCAGGAAGAUGCAAACAGCCGUGCGAGUGGAAGUCAAGAAGCCGCCGCGAAAAAACAAGAUUCGAGAUACGAGCGCCACAGAGUUUUCCCCUCGACCGCCAGCCAAUAAUCACAAUAAUCAUGGUAAGCGGGCAGUCAGUCAGGCCAAAACAGGUUGCCGGCGGAUGCCCAGACUGCAGACUUCAGACUCCAUACUUCAGACUACACAAACUCGGAUUUUUGGGAUGCCGAACGAAAGUGAAAACAUUCACCGAGCACCAAGAAGCCAAGAGGAGUUGCAGGUGAAGCUGGAGACGGACGCGGUGAUGGUGACUCGCGUCCGAAAUAAAGAUUGAAUUUAAAUAAAUUUCGUAUGUUAAUUGCAGUUCC